UGUGCACAUGUAAUGGCUAUGGCAGUUCAGAAAAUAUUCCCAAAUUCCAAGGUUACAAUUGGUCCUUGGAUAGACAAUGGAUUCUAUUAUGACUUUGACAUGGAGCCUUUAACUGAUAGGGAUUUGAAGAGAAUAAAAAUGGAAAUGGAUCGGAUCAUUAAGCGCAAUCUACCUUUACGGAAAGAAGAUGUUUCCAGAGAAGAAGCUAAAAACAGAAUAUCAGCAAUCAAUGAGCCUUACAAACUGGAGAUCUUGGAAAGCAUCAAGCAAGAUUCUAUUACUAUUUAUCAUAUAGGAGAUGAGUGGUGGGACCUUUUUGCCGGCCCCCAUGUUGACUCUACUGGACAUAUUAAUGCAAAGGCGGUUGAACUUGAAUCAGUUGCUGGCGCCUAUUGGAGGGGAGAUGAAAAUAGGCAAAUGCUGCAAAGGAUAUAUGGUACAGCAUGGGAGACUGAGGAGCAGCUAAAAGCAUACCUUAAAUUUAAAGAGGAAGCGAAGCGGCGUGAUCAUAGGCGUUUGGGCCAGGAUCUUGAUCUUUUUUCUAUUCAGGCAGAUGCUGGUGGUGGCCUGGUGUUCUGGCAUCCUAAAGGUGCCAUGGUUAGGCACAUCAUUGAAGAUUCAUGGAAGAAAAUUCAUUUACAACAUGGUUAUGAACUUCUCUAUACUCCUCAUGUUGCGAAGGCAGAUCUCUGGAAAAUUAGUGGGCAUUUAGAUUUCUACAAGGAAAAUAUGUAUGAUCAGAUGAAUAUUGAAGAUGAACUCUAUCAGCUUCGGCCCAUGAAUUGUCCUUACCACAUUUUAGUUUAUAAGCAUAAGCUGCAUUCAUAUAGGGAGUUUCCGAUCAGAUUGGCAGAGUUGGGAACAGUAUACCGUUAUGAACUCUCCGGUAGCUUGCAUGGCCUCUUUCGUGUGAGAGGGUUCACCCAGGAUGAUGCACAUAUAUUUUGUUUGGAGGAACAAAUCAAAGAUGAAAUCAGGGAUGUACUUGAUUUGACAGAAGAGAUAUUGCUUCAAUUUGGCUUUAGAAAAUAUGAAAUAAACCUGUCAACUAGGCCACAGAAGUUUGUUGGCAGUGAUGAGAUAUGGGAGAAAGCAACUAAAGCACUGAGAGAUGCUUUGAGCGAUAAAGGUUGGGACUACCAAGUAGAUGAAGGUGGUGGCGCAUUUUAUGGUCCAAAGGUCGAUCUCAAAAUUGAAGAUGCACUUGGGAGAAAAUGGCAAUGUUCCACUGUUCAGGUUGAUUUUAACUUGCCUCAGCGCUUUGACAUUACUUAUGUAGAUUCCGAUGCUCAAAAAAGACGACCUAUCUUGAUCCAUAGAGCUAUUCUUGGGUCCUUGGAGCGGUUCUUUGGCGUCCUUAUUGAACAUUAUGCUGGCGUUUUUCCACUCUGGAUCUCUCCUAUCCAAGCUCGACUUUUACCUGUCACCGAUUCUGAGGUGAACUACUGCAAGGAGAUCGUUUCUUCUUUGAAAUCAGCCGGCAUUCGCGCCGAGCUUUUGCAUGGCGAGCGCCUACCAAAGCUAAUAAGGAAUGCAGAGAAGCAAAAAAUUCCUCUGAUGGCAGUAGUUGGACCAAAGGAAGUUGAGAGCCGGACUGUAACUGUGAGGUCGCGUUAUGGUGGCGAGCUGGGAACUAUGACUGUUGAUGAGUUCAUUAAUGGUGUCACGUCCGCUGUUGAGAAGAAGACCUCUUGGUAGAGAAGCCUGAUCGUACUUUCAGAAGUUCUGAAGAUAAAUAAACGAGUUCAUAAACCCAGUGCAUGUUCUGUCUGAAAAAUAUCGAAGUUCCUUGUGAAUUCUAUCCUCCUUUAAUCUUCUUCUUAUGUUUAUUUCUUUGUUAAAUUGGAAUAUAUUUGAAUAUCUGUUUAGUUAUGUCUGUAUUCGUCUGAUGGAACUUAUAUAAACACUCUUUAUUUAUGAAGCAUAUGCUUAAU